AUGGACACCGACAGUAAUCCUGAGGCGGGGGUCAAUAACGGGGCCGCUAACGGUGCCGCCAACGCUGCAAGUCUCACAAACGACACAGCCACACCUCCAACAACAACAACAACAACAGCAACAACAAAUAAUGAUUACGAGGCCAACGAUGAGGACGUUAUACCUAACGCGAUAGUUAUCAAGAACAUCCCGUUUGCGAUCAAGAAGGAGCAGCUGCUGGACAUCAUCCAGGAGAUGGGGCUGCCCUUGCCGUACGCGUUCAACUACCACUUCGAUAACGGUAUCUUCAGAGGGCUGGCGUUUGCGAACUUCUCCACUCCAGAGGACACAAGCAGGGUGAUCUCCGACUUGAAUGGCAAGGAGAUCAACGGGCGGAAGCUGAAGGUGGAGUACAAAAAGAUGCUGCCACAGGCGGAAAGAGAGCGCAUCGAAAGAGAGAAAAGAGAAAAGAGAGGCCAGCUGGAAGAACAACACAGAUCCAUGUCAAACUUGUCUCUGUCAUCUAUGAACAGAAACAGCAACAAUACAAACAACAGCAAUGUAACCCCAGCGGCAAAUACCACCAACUUGCUGUCUCAGCAGCUCUUCUCUCCAAACUUGGGAUCUUUAUCCACUAUGCAAAACAGCAACAUUGUACAACCAAUGGCCAACCAGAGCACUUCGGGAUCGAUGUACAGCGCCCGUAACAGCGCAUACCAGAACGAUCCUAACACAAGCGCGAACAUGGUCCAGCAACAGUCUGCCGUGACUGAAAGAUACUAUGCCCCAUUACCAGCAGCUUACUCGUUGCCAUUGCCUCCACAGCAGUUGGACCUAAACGAUCCUGAUACUUUGGAAAUUUACUCCCAACUAUUAUUGUUCAAGGAUAGAGAGAAGACGUACUACGAGCUGGCUUACCCUGUCGGCGUUUCUGCCAACCACAAACGUAUUAUAAAUGUGCUAUGCUCUUACUUAAACCUAGUUGAGGUGUACGAUCCUAGGUUCAUCAUUAUAAGAAGGAAAGUCUUGAACCAAAAUGACUUGCAAUCUCACAUCUUACAAAAUCAACAGUCUCCUCAAGUUGGGACGACCGAGAAUAAUGCAAUGAUGCACCCAUUGCAAGCUAGCUCUACUGGAGGAUCGAUGAACAGAUCUCACUCUUACACAAAUCUUCUACAAACGCAUGCCGCUGCCGCUGCCGUUGGAACAACAACUGCCAGCUAUGGAUUGGGCGUUACAGCCGCCUCCUCCACUGGUACUCCCAAGAUUACACAGCUAGCUCAACAAAUGGUUGCCAAUCAACAAAGCCAACAGCAGAAUGCAAGCGCACAAGGUCAUGUAGCUUCUACCUCUUCACCAGUUAUUAGUGUUCAAUCCAAUCCUCUAUUCAGUGGAGAACAACAACAAUCACUUCUAAGACAAACAAGUGGCUUAACAGCAUCUUCCAGAAUUCCUUCCGGGUACUCUUCCAAUCAAAUGUACAAUAAUGUGAACCCAUUGCUAAGAAAUAACGGUAUUUCCCCACCAGCUGGCCAAACAGCUUUAAAUAUGACCUCAAUCCAUAACAACCAGAGAAUCCCACAAGGUUUCCCAGCAUCUGCAUCUCAGUUACAACAACAGCAACAACAGCAACAACAAACAUACGGUCAAAACUCAAAUCCUUUAAUACCGCAGCACACUAAUGAAUCGGCUCACUCUAACUAUUCUUUGCAGUCCCUACAUGAUGACUUAAUGAAUCAGCAGUCCAAUACCUCUGUUUUAGGCAACAGUAUCUCUGCUACAAAUACUGCUAACGCCUCCGAUAUGAUCUACAGAACAUUGAGCCAAUCUAGAUAUGAGGACGGUCUUGAACAAGGCCUUAACAGAUCCUUGAGCGCAUUGGACCUGACUGGUAAGGACCAGGAAAAUUCUUCAAACGAUAAGAAUGCAGGCUGGCCUUAA